AUGAAAAAUGAGAUCAAACAUAAUGCAUCGUUUUCUAGAUAUGGUCCAAGAAACCUUUGGCCGAGUGUAUCAAAUUAUGUCGUUCAGGUUUCGGUGUUAGAUGAUCUGCAAUCACCGGUGGCUUUCCUAUACUUCCUAGAUUCUAGUGGUGGUUCUUAUCCAGAAGUCAUAUCUAUUGGCCAGGCAGAAUGGUUUCUGCAGAAAUCUAAAGAAAUUAACUCUGACUCUAGGGUUCCUGAGAUUAUUUUCUGGCAUAUACCAAGUAAGGCCUAUAAGACUGUGGCUCCAAAGUUUGGCAUUCGAAAGCCUUGUGUUGGUUCGAUCAACAAGGAAAAACUUGCAGCUCAAGAAGCUGAAACGGGGAUCAUGGAUCUUCUUGUGAAAAGAACCUCUGUCAAGGCAAUAUUUGUUGGACGCAACCAUGGAUUGGAUUGGUGUUGCCCAUACAAGAAACUAUGGCUAUGCUAUGCUAGGCACACUGGCUAUGGAGGAUAUGGUGAUUGGCCUAGAGGAGCUCGAAUUUUAGAGAUCACUAACAAACCCUUUUCUAUACGACCUUGGAUAAGGAUGGAGGAUGGCAAUGUGCACAACAAAGUUGUCUUGAGCUGA